UGCAGAGAGAGAUGCAACAACACAUUUCUUCACUUUUAACAAUCCUGAUUUUUAUGCUUCAGUUUGAAGCAUGCAUCAGUGAAACCUACAUCGAUGUUUAUUACACAAAUGAUGUCGUUCUCCCCUGUGAUAACACAUCCUCAUUGAACUCAUCAUGCUCCAUCAUUACGUGGUUUUAUAACAGAGAUAACUCUGAGACAAUAGAAAUGGUUUGGAAUGGCGCUAUUAUGGAGAACUCAGCUCAAGCAGCCAGACUGAGUCUGUACAGUAACUGCUCCCUGGGCAUCAGGAACAUUGUUGCUGAAGAUGCUGGCCUUUACUGGUGUUGGUCUGGGAACACUACAGCCCAGGAUACAAUUGUGGGUCUGCAUAUUUUGAACAUUGCAGCAUCUCAGACGCAAAACUGGGAUGGAUACAUCACAUUAACGUGCACUCUCUUCAAAUACUCUGACUCCCAAUUGUGUGGCGAGAACAGCAUCGUCUGGUUGAACGAAACAGGAACUGUGCUGCUCGGCAGUGGUGCGAGGGACAUUGGACCGAUGUGCGUUUCUCUUUUGACUGUGAAACCUCAGAGGGCCCACAACAAAACAUACACCUGCCAGUAUAUCAAGAACAACAGUGUGAAGAUAGAAGCUCACUACACACCUAUAGAGUACACAGAUCAGUUUCCUGUGAGCUACAUCAUGUGGACUCUUCGCAUUGGAGCAGUGAUCCUAAUGGCUGCAAUCACUGUUUUUGUCCUCAGAGACAGAGAUGAGACGAUUUAGAUCCUGAUAGAGCACUGAUAAACAAUCUGACAUUUGAAUCUAAUUGCUGUGCUCUCUGCCUUUUCAGGAUGCAAAAAGCCACUUGAAGACAUAAGAGUGAAUGAAAAAAAAACUCAAAAAAUUUGAAAUUUCUAUCACGUGUUCUUAUUUCAAAGUAAGCUUUGGACACCAAACGACAUCUUUGUGUCAAUAUGAGCACUUUACUAUUUGUGUCAGAGUUAAAUUAGAGAUUAUUUGUCUCUAAUGUAAUAAUCAUACUUCUCAGAUAAUCCCUGAACUAGGACUGAGUUGCACUCACCUGGUCAGAAAAUGAAAUGAUGAAAUGCUCUUUUGUAUGAGAGCAGAGCCUGAGGGCCUGAGAGCCUGGGUUAGCAGAUAAAGAUAAUAACCACGCUCAAUCCCUGUUAUUUCUGACUUGGAUUUUUGGUUUUGCCCACCCAUCUAAGACAAAUAAACCUGACCUUGCUUCACUAUAUAAGAAUUUCCAUUUUAAUAAUCCCCCACAUUUCUUCCCCAUCUGUGGUAAAUUAUCCAGUCAUUCACCCCGGUAUUGUUACCUGCCUUUGGACUGUCACAAUGAUAAGGAUAUGGGCUUUUGUUCACUGCAGUUUCAGUUCUUCUUGCUGAAUAAAAUGUAGCAGCAUUGCACAUUGUGAGUACAAGAAAAUAAUUAUUAGAAUAUAAUGUGUUAAAUUUGCUUAGAUAAGAGGGUCCAGCAGUAGAUGAGAGGAACAGGGAAGGAUUUGUCUGUAUGUUUUAGUUUGGCUUAGCUGUAGGCCUGAGAGUGUGUAAUUGUUUAGAGGGACAGGAAUUUAUGGACACUGGGGGUCUGCCUGUCAUAAAAGGAGACAGGAAGCUACAGUUGGGGAUUGCUGAUGCUUGUACCUUUAAUAAAAACUCAUAAUUGUUAUAAACUUAGAAGUAGGUUUGCAGGAGACUCUCCACACGCUUAUCUGUAACUGUAAGACAACAAGGGGCCAAUGGCCCAGUGGAUGCAGAGUGGGGGUCUCAGUGUUUGUAAUCUGUUAACUCUGUUUUGUAUGUUGUCUAAAGGAAUUUGGUUUAGCUUGGGUGAGGAGAUUACUUUUAUGACCGGCAGGAAGUCACGUACACAGAGACACACACACAGUGCUUUGGCUGUUACGACACAC